UGCCAAGAGGCAUCUUUCCUCCAUCUAAGUGCCGACUAUAUAAAUAGCCAUUGUGUGGGGGAGUUGAUACAAGCUAUUCAGACUUCCCAGCAGUCUAGUUACAUCUGAUCAUAGUGCUCCACGAGGUACCGGCUCUUGGAAUAAUUAUCUUAUCAGUCGUCAUGCAGUCGAUUAUCCAGAAUUGCGCAGUUCUGUGCCUAGUGGCGGCGUCAGCUCUGGCGGCUCCCCAGGCGCCAAGAGGAAGUGACGCGGCUGCCACGAUAGAGAAGGACGACAGAGAAGUCAACUAUGACGGAUCAUACAGAUACAGCUACCAAACAUCGAACGGAAUAGCGGCCGACGAACAAGGCGCUCUGAAAAACGUCGGAACCGACGCCGAAGCGAUGUCAGCUGCGGGACAGUUCAGCUACGUGUCACCAGAGGGCGUCCAAAUCAGGGUGGUCUAUGCCGCUGACGACAACGGAUUCCAACCCCAGGGCGACCAUCUCCCAACCCCCCCACCAAUUCCCCCUGCAAUCCAGAGGGCACUCGAGUACCUGGCUACCCUCCCUUCAACCCCUGACACCCCAGUCAAUGCUCCCAACCGCAGAUUUUAAGAAGAGACUCUAAGGAAACAGAAGGGUUGUCAACCGAAAAAUCCACCGCAGACUUCAAGGGAUGAACAUCAGGAAAGUAGCUGGAGAUUUCAAGUUUACAUGAGGAUUGACAACUGGAAAAUCAACCACAGAUUUUAAGGGAUAAACAUCAAAAAUUGGCCGAAGAUUUUAGGUAAAAAUGAGGAUUCAAAACUGAAUAAUUAAGCACAAACUUCAAAGGAUAUACAUCAGGAAAGAAGCUGGAGAUUUAAAUUGAUCAUUAGGAUUGACAACUGGAAAAUUAACCACAAACUUCAAGGGAUAAACAUCAAAAACUGGCCGGAGAUUUCAAGUAGAAAUUAAGAUCGAAAACUGAAUGAUUAAGCACAGACUUCAAAGGAUAUACACAUCAGAGAGUAGCCGAAGAUUUCAAAUGUACAUGAGGAUUGACAACUGAAAAAUUAACCACAAACUUCAAGGGAUAAACAUAAAAAACUGGCCAGUGAUUUCAAGUGGAAAUUAAGAUUGAAAACUGAAUGAUUAAGCACAGACUUCAAAGGACUCCAGAGAUUUCAACUAAACAUGAGGAAUGAUAACUGACUAACUAACCACAUAUUCGAUAACCUAAACAUCCGUGAAGGAACCUGAGAUUUCAAGUGAACAUGAAAGAUGUCAACUGGGAAAUCAACCGAAAUUAAUGACAGAUUUCAAAGAUUCAAGUAAACAUUAAAAUUGUCAACUGAGGAAUUAACUGUAAUUAAACACAUAUUUCAAGGGCACAUGAUUAACUUGACCAUGGUUAUCGUUCCUCAUAACAAGGAACUUUAGAUAACGAGCUCUAGAGUUCUAGGAACUCUAGACAAGUUUUCUAGAUAACGUUAUCAGUUCAGAGAUUCAAAAAAGGUUUCACAACUGAGAAAUUGUCCAAGGAAGGCUGACCCUUGAAAAUCUGUUGCUAUCAACUGAAGAAAAACCCAAAAUCCAUUGUACAAUUUCGGUUUUAAAUCUUCCAAAAUUAUGAAAAUAUGUUUCAUUCAUUGGAAUGUCAUUCUAUCAUCUAGAUUUCAUAAAACAAAAAUCAUCGACUGAUAUAGCUCAUAUAUUUAUAAUCACAUUGAUAAUAAAUGUUUGUAUUUUUCGUA